UGGUAAAGAGCGUUCACACACCCAAAAUUGACGUCGGCUUGUAAGUCUCUCUAGUAGAAGGAGAACCUUGAUUAUGGGAUCUAUUUUGGCCAUAUAUGGACACGAUCAAGAUGUUUAAACCUUCUUUGCCUAAUAAGAACAAGGGUGUCUCUUUGUUUUGGUGCCUACCUUGCACCCCAAAACAGUGUACGCUGUCUGGACACUUGGGCGUCUUUGAAAAUUUAGAUUUUUUUUUUUUUCCAGAAAAAGGAAGUCUAUAAAUACCACCACCUCCAUCUACAAGUUAAUGCAUGUAUAUUUCAAUCAGUUACUUUACUGCCUGAGGGAAUUUAGUUCUAAAAUGGCUUCUGCAUUUGCAACUAUUGCUCUUCUUCUCUCCCUUAACCUUGUGUUUUUCACUACAGUGAGUUCAGAUCAUCACGUUCCUACUCGUUCACCAACACCACCAAAAACCCCAAAACACCCUCCCCUGUCAACCCCAACCUCAACCCUAACACAAUCUCCUCUAACCCUAAUCCCAACGCCAGAACAACCUCCUUCGACCCUAACCUUGACUCCGACCUUGACCCCAAGCCCAAGCCCAAGCCCUCCUAAAGCCUCUUGCCCUAAGGACACCCUUAAGCUUGGGGUAUGUGGCGAUUUGUUGAAUGACUUGUUGCACCCUGUUUUGGGGACCCUACCAAAGACCCCUUGCUGUAGCCUCAUUGUGGGUCUUGCUGAUGUUGAUGCUGCUGUGUGCCUUUGCACUGCCAUUAAAGCCAACGUUUUGGGCAUCAAUCUUAAUGUGCCAGUCUCCUUAAACUUGCUUUUGAAGUACUGUGGUAAGUCUGUCCCAAAAGACUUCCAAUGCACCUAGGGGUGCCAUGACCUUCUCAUCUAGUGCUGCCCUUCCCAAAGCUUUGUUGGAAUGAAAAACAGACCACUAAUCUUUGGCGUUACUCUGUAAUAUAUUAUGCAUGUUUCCUUCGAAAUGUAGCUGAAAUCUAGAGUGUUCUCUCUUAGGAAUGUUCAUACGUUUCCUUCAAAAUAAAAAUAAAAAUUAUGCAUGUUUCA